AUGUCCACCCCCAGCAAUGACAAAGACCGUCUCCAAGACUCGUCACAGCAGCUAGACUACGUUCACGGUAGCUCGCACAAGGUUCUCAACUUCCAAAAUGCCAAUUCACGGCGCUAUGCCGUCAACAACGAAGAUGGACACGCAAGCGGGACGGAAUGGGAGUGGUGGAGUCGCGAGAAUCGAAAGGGCCGGCACAUACUUCUCCUCAGUCACGGUCAAGCACCCUCGCGCACCGCACGUACUACGCGCCUUCUUCGAGCGCUUGUGCGCAUGAUCACAGUCGUAGCCUGGUGGGACGUUUCGUGGUGGGUUGGCGUCGUCUUUACUGUCGGCUCGAUAUGCUCGAUCACGUCUGGCGUCCUUCAAUGGCUUCCAGUCGCAUAUCCAGAUACGCGAUUCGCCGCCGACCCGAGCACCAUCAGCGGCGCGAUAUCCUUCUUCCGUGGAAUGUUGUUUCUGCUGGGUGGCAUGCUCCUUGUAGUCCAAGCGGUGAACGCCAACCAGAGCGACUGCUUUGGCUGGGCGCUCAAGGAAAGCUUGAACUCCGACAACGAGAACAUCGAACUCGCGUCUUCGGACGAAGAGAAAGCGACCGAGAACCCCUCCGGCUUCCAACCCGACCGUCGAAACUGCACGCAUAUCCACAACCCCGACCGCAUGAAGCAUCGAAUAUUGCACACGAAGACGUUCAAGGUUGAGGCACGUCCCCAGUCAGGGCCUGAGCAAGCCUGGAAAUGGUGGCCCACGUGGCAGGAUGUUCGCGUUCACUAUCGUCGAGAGAUCGGUUUUAACGCAAAUCUCAUCCUCUUCAUCGGUACAGCCAUCUACUGGGUCACGAAUCUCCUCACCUUACCAGGUGUAUACAAGAACCUCCCGCAAGGUGUGCUCUAUGGGCUAUACUAUCCUUCUUUCCUGCUUGGGGCUAUCUGCUUCCUGGUCGCUUCGAUACUAUACCUGUUUGAAGUGCAGCGCCAGUGGUGGAAGCCCGCGCCGCGCAUGGUCGGGUGGUGGGUUGGAAUGACAAAUCUGAUAGUAUUCCAAGACAAACCCAAGAGGUAUACGUAG